UUUAGCUGUACUGAGCUGUGUGUUACGAGAGUGUAUUCAACCCAGUACUGAUAACCACUAAAAAUGGACUUGCCAGUUACGUAUUGUUUAUGCGGCGGCUCAUACGAUCCCGAGCAAUUUAUGAUACAAUGUGACGUGUGCAAAGAGUGGUACCACGGCGAAUGUGUGGCUUUGAAGGAAUAUAUGGCCAUAGAUCUUGACAAGUAUCACUGUCCACGAUGUGAAACCAUGUGUGGUCCUUCGCUCAUGAAAAUCAGAGUGAACUGGCAUAGACACGAUUACACCGAGCGCGAUGCGGAUACAAAGCCUGUUCAAACUGGAACUCCAGUUUUUAUACGAGAACUGAAAUCUAGGCAUUUUCCCAAAGCUGAUGAGAUUGUGAAACAUAUAAAAGGACAACAAUUAACUUUACAAUAUUUGCAAGCAAAUGGUUUUGAGACUCCCAUCAUUAUUGAUGGAAAAGACGGACUCGAUAUGACAUUACCGCCUCCAAACUUUAAUGUUCAUAAUGUCGAGGGUUAUAUAGGCGGCGAUCGGGACAUAGAUGUAAUUGAUGUUUCUAGACAAAGUAACAUACGUAUGAAACUAAGAGAUUUUGUAGAAUAUUACAACUCUCAAUCUCGAACAAGAGUACUUAAUGUCAUAAGUCUCGAAUUUACCAACACUAGUCUUUCGUCAUUGGUUGAAGCGCCGUAUGUCGCGCGCAAGCUCGACUGGGCCAAUUCAGCGUGGCCGCGCGAUUGGCCCGCGGACAGUGACAUAAAACGACCCGAAGUACAAAAGUAUUGCCUAAUGGGGGUCAAAGAUAGUUUCACGGAUUUCCACGUCGACUUCGGUGGCACGUCCGUGUGGUAUCACGUGUUGCGCGGCGAGAAAGUGUUCUAUCUCGUAAAGCCAACGCAGGCAAAUUUGCAGUUGUAUCAGCACUGGAUGUGCAGUUCAACGCAAAGUGAGACCUUCUUUGGAGAUCAGGCUGACGCUUGUUACAAGUGCGUGAUCAAACAAGGUCAGACAAUGAUGAUUCCCACGGGCUGGAUACACGCCGUGCUUACACCAAUUGACUCCUUGGUCUUUGGUGGAAACUUUUUGCACACCCUCAACAUUCCGAUGCAAAUACAAAUAUACGAAUUAGAAAGAAAAAUGAAGACUCCGGCAAAGUUCCAGUAUCCCGGAUUUGAGACGAUUAAUUGGUUCGCAGCUAAAAAAUUAUUAAAGGAAUUGAAAGAAUUAAAUAACGAGGGGAAAAAAUGUCCAACGUAUCUUUUACAAGGUGUGAAAGCGUUACUUGGGAUUCUCAAACAGUGGAACACUGACAAAGACUAUAAUAUGAUCAGUCGCGGCCAGAUACCGGAAACGAUAAACAGUCAGAAGUUAUUGAAGGACAUCAGCAAAGAGAUACGACACGCGGAACGAUACUUAAUAUCCUUGAACCCGCCGAAACCAGAACGUGAGAGUAAACGAAGAAAGAAAAAACCGCUAGACAAAGAUUUCGUGGACUUUGAUUACGCCGACAGGAUGGCUGACAAUGUCUUCAAGGCGACGUUGAAGGAAACAAAUAAGGUGGAAUCCGCUCCGAUCGAACAACUGCCGCCGAGACCUCCGUUGAAACUCACGUUACCGAAACCGAUUAUGACUCCCACCGUUGUAUCUCCGGCACAGAAAUCCAUCAAUAGCAACAAACGGCACUUGUCCAAACCGGGGAAACAAAGUCCUACCGUGAUUAGAUUUAAGCUUGGCAACAACGAGGUUGUCAGAAGUACAAACGACAGUAUAAACAUUUACGGUAACAAUAUCACGAUCGAUCAUACUCUGGAAACGAAAAAGGAAUCGCUUCCGUGGAAUCAGACUUCGUCCGUGUAUGAUUUUCACGACGGCAGCAAUGAGAGCGAUUUCGGCCUCGUGAUAGACGAAUCGCAAAAACGUAAACGAACACCAAAGUCGAACACGCAGAAACGAUUCAAGCGCGACUUCGACGGUGAAGUCGACGUACUGAACAACGCCCCAAAGAACGGUAUAGAGGAAUUGCUGAAGGCAUCAGCGUACACGCUAGGCAAUGGCACUCAAAAAAUGGACGUCACGCCGUCGACCACGAUUCCACAGUACAUUCAACCCAUGCUACCCAUGCCGCCUCCUACUGGUUCCGACAGGGCGUCACCGUCCACACGGGAAGCAAUCGCCGGGAUGCUGUCGUUCAGCCAGCAGAGUUACUCGACGUCGAGUAAUAGUCCAGCCAAGUCCUCGAGAUCGAUCAAGAGUCAGCAAAACGACGACAACGACGACGACGACGACGAUGACGAUCAAUCGAUAGAAAAUAUUGACAAAGUACACCAAGACGAUGAUUUCAUUUAUCCAGCAUUGGACGCAUCGGACGACGAAGAUUAUAUUUUCAAGCCCAAAUCGAAGAGUCAGAUCGAUGAAGCGUGGAAUCCGAAAGCCAGAGUGGGACCUCUUUUGCCAAAGACAAAUCGGCCAGCGCGAGAGGGCGUAAAGAAAACGUCGGUGGAAAAGGGUCUGGAAGCAGCCGCUGCGAAGCGAGCAAAGCAAUCGGAUGAAUACCUGGAUAACGACGUGGACAAGAUUACCAAGAAGAAAGUGAGUACUAACAAACGGACGUAUAACAAAAAGAAGCAGAAGAAUCCUGCGGUUACUGCGGUAGGAACUACAUCGUCCACUGCACCGUCUGAAAAUGUUAUAAAAUCGUCCAUUGGAUUCGGGUCGAUAUUGACAUGUCCUAACAGACUGAAAGACGUUAAAGCCAAGCUUGCAGCGCCAGUUCCCGUUGAACGAAAACCGAAGAAGGGAAUGAAAACGGCGAAACAACGUUUGGGAAAAAUUCUGAAACUUCAUAAAAUGAUGCACUAGAGAAAGUUAUUAACACUGGUUUACAAAUUUAUCACUUUUGUCUGUCAUUUUAACGCACAUUAAAAUCUAUAAAUUAUCUUUCUCCGUUAAAAUGACAAAAGUUGUUGACCAGUGUAAAGCCUGCGGCAAGAAGCUUCUUUUGUGCUAAAUUGCAUAUAAAUAAUAGAUUUGAUUAAUUGUGUCUAGAAAUCAACGAGAUGUCAGAUUUAAUUAAUUGCGUCUGGAAACUAACGCGCGCGAGCGCGCGUGAUGUUUGCGUGCGAUUUGAACAUUAUGAAGACUUGACCAAAUGUAAUUUCGAAAUCAAAUAUACAAUCCAGUACAAAAAUAGUGUCAUUUGCCACAGGCUUAAUUACCGGAAAAAAUAGAAACUAAACCAUCUCUCUCAUGUUCAUUCUUUAUUUGUGUAUAAAAUCAUGUAAUAGUUGUACAUAUAUUAUUCUGUAAAUAUAGAACUUUCUCUAUCAAGGUGAUGCGUAUUCACCUUGCAGGAACACAACUCUACUUGUUAAGAUCAGUGGAUCGUUUUUCUAAGAGACACGUAUAUAUUUAUUACAUAUUACUACAUUGCUUAAUUUUGUAGUUAAAUAUUUAAUGACUUUUGAUAUCUCGAUAUUUCAGUAAGACGAUAUUUAUAUUAUAACAGUGGCUUACUGACGCUUUAUGUGAUUACUCAAAUCUAACAAAUUCAGUUGACAACGACUCUUGAGGACGAAGAGGUAAAACAAACUCCAUACAUCAAUGUACGGUUUAUCAUAAUUUAACUUAUAUAUGAGUAUAAUAGUAGAUCGAACAAAUUUAAUGAUAGUUUUAGUGCAAAAGAAGUAGAACUGUAUUUUUAAUGAGUAUACCGAGUAAAUACUCUCCACCGUCCAUUAUCAUGAAAAAUAUAGAGAGAGUCUCACCACGCUGUUAUAUAACAUAUUUUUGCAUUUUUUAGAGUAAAACGCAAUUAACACGA